AUGUCUAUCGAACUCAAAGUCUUGCAAAUGAUUCUUGUUCUGUUUUUUACUCUGUUUUCACUUGUAUACAACUCCAGUAGCAAACUGAUCCCGGAGGGAUCUGCAGUUUUCGACGACAGCGGUUUCACCGUUUUAACCAACACCACGGAGCAUUCCUUCGGCAGAGUGUUCAACAACGAAACCCUAUUCAUCAAGAACGAGACUUUCAACUUCCACUUCCUCUUCGGAAUCGUCCCUGAGCUUGACCAGCAAGGCUCACAUGGCAUGGCUUUCGUUAUCUCUCCUACGAUGGGUGUUCCCGGAGCUUCCUCUGAUCAGUACCUCGGGUUAUUCAACCAGACAAACAACGGUAAAAGCUCGAAUCACGUGAUUGCUAUUGAGUUAGAUACACAUAAAGACGAAGAGUUUGGAGAUAUUGAUGAUAAUCACGUUGGGAUUAACAUUAAUGGUAUGAAAUCUGUUAUCUCUGCUUCUGCUGGUUACUAUGAUGAUGAAGAUGGAAGGUUUCACAACCUUUCUCUGAUCAGCAGAAAGGUCAUGCGCCUUUCAAUCGUUUAUAGCCAAUCUGAGAAGCAGCUAAAUGUUACGUUAUCUCCUGCUGAGUUCUCUGUUCCGCCGGAGAAACCGCUUUUGUCUCUAAACCAAGAUCUCUCGCCGUAUUUUCUGGAGGAGAUGUAUUUUGGCUUCACGGCAUCAACCGGAACCGUUGGAUCACUUCAUUAUAUGUUGGGAGUGUCUAUCACUCCAGAAGUCGAGCAUCCAUUGAUGGAUCUAACCGUAGUCCCCACGCUUCCUCCAUAUCCGAAGAAAUCUUAUGAUAAAAUAAAGAGGAUUUUAGCCGUCUGCUUAACGUUGGCAGUGAUCGCUGCACUUGUCGCCUCGUGGAUCGGUUCUGUCUUCUAUUGGAGGCAUAAGAAGGUUAAAGAGGUUCUUGAGGAAUGGGAGAUUCAGUAUGGACCUCAUAGAGGAACGCUUCCGGGUUCUGAUGCAGAGAUCGCUGUGAAACGGACUUCUCAUGAUUCAAGACAAGGUAUGAGCGAGUUUCUAGCUGAGAUAUCAACCAUUGGUCGUCUCAGACAUCCGAAUCUGGUCAGGCUUUUGGGUAUUGUAGGCAUAAAGAAGAUCUCUACUUGGUUUAUGACUUUAUGCCUAAUGGAAGCCUUGACAAGUAUAUACCGUAACAACACGAAUGAGAAUCAAGAAGGGCUUACUUGGGAGCAACGUUUCAAGAUCAUCAAGAACGUUGCAUCUGCUCUGCUAUACUUGCAUCAAGAAUGGGUACAAGUCAUCAUUCAUCGAGAUAUCAAACCGGCUAAUGUUUUGAUAGAUCACGAAAUGAAUGCGAGGCUCGGGGAUUUCGGAUUGGCGAAGCUGUAUGAUCAGGGGUUUGAUCCUCAGACAUCUAAAGUAGCGGGAACGUUCGGGAGGCUGAUUGAGCGACGUGAAGCCAAGAAUGAAGAAAUUCUUGUGGAUUGGAUCUUAGAGCUUUGGGAAAAGGAGAAAAUUUUCGAUGCGGCUGAGGAAAGUAUACGUCAAGAACAAAACAGGGGACAACUUGAGCUAGUUUUGAAGCUUGGUUUGUUGUGUUCGCAGCAAGCUGAAUCGAUUAGACCGGAUAUGAGUGCGGUAAUGCGGAUCUUGAAUGGCGUUUUGCAGCUUCCGGAUAAUCUUCUUGAAGUGGUAAGGGCUGAGAAGCUGAGAGGACAGCCUGAGAUAUCAAUGGAAGUACUACUACUUGAUAUGAAUUCAGUGAAUACAUUAACGUUUACAAAUUCUUUCCUCUCCCACGGACGCUGA